GACACUCACCGUCAACCGGGCUGCCACCACAACACAUCCAUCCAUUCAUCAUCAUCCAUCAAAGCUCAGAGUCUGGCUCAUACGAACACUAACUUUUGAACUAGAAAAUCAAACCAUCUGAAUGUUAGUAGAAUCGAAUAUUUCCUAUUUGUGAUCGGAGUAUUUCUUGUUGGUAUUCAACAUGAAUCAAAUGUUUCCAUAAGAUGUUUACAGAAAUUGUUUACACAUGUUCUCUGUUCAUGUUUGUCAAAAGUCUUUCUUUUUUUCAUGAGAACAGAAACUCUGUAGAGAGAUCUUUACAACACUUUACCAUGAUGACUCAUCUAGAGAGCCAGUAGUCAUGUGAAUGACUUCGUUUCCCACAGUGCAUCAGUCCAUUCACCCUGCUGUGUGAACGGUGAAAUGACUGUAGCAGCACAUGUACAGCAGGAAUGAUGGAAAACAUGAAAGCAGACAGCUCAUGGCUGAAGCUACUGAUGAAAACAGGAAACACUUGGGUUUGAAGGGAAUUAGUAAAUGUUGCAACAUAAUGCAGAGUAGAGGAGAGGACACUGGGAAAGAGGAGCUCAGGAGUCGGCAGGAUCGUGGUUACUGAGCCCAAACACACACUGAACACCAGGAAAAAGCACAUGAACUUACAGGGAACCGGGUCGGUUCUGUGUCUUCCUGUUGCAGGUGUGUCCGUGCUGCUGCUCUCUGGACCGACUGUUUCUGCAGAUCCUCAGGUUUCUCUGGAGAUUCCUGCACUUCCUGUGGUGGCAGGAAGUGAUGUCACUCUGCGCUGUAGAAGCAAAGAUCAGGUCGCACCCGAAGCCUUUUUCAUCAGGGAUGGUUCUAAACUUGGAUCUGGACCUGAAGGCCAGUUUACCAUCCGUAACGUCCAGCCGUCUGAUGAAGGUCUCUACUGGUGUUAUUUUGAUCAGACUGAAGAAUCUCCUCGGAGACGGCUGAGCGUCAGAGGAAACUCAGACCCGUCUCCAGGGUUAAAGUCUGGUUUCUGGCCCACUGUCCACUUCCACCAACCACCUCCGUACUCUGACUCUCUAAAGCUGGCGUUCCAGGAUUAGGGUCUUUCCCCACUAAGGGGCUCCCCAGUACGCUACUAACUGAUGCCAACAGAGCUCGACCCUGGGUCCAUAUGUAAAGACCUGGGAGUGAGAAGGUGAUGUCACCACAGACAGGAAACAGUUAGACAAGGACAGAAGAGGCGGAUAACUUCAAAAUAAAACAGGAAGUAACUAAACCCAAAACCACAUCCAGGACAGACAGUUUGAUCACCUGUGUGUGCUGGUCGCUGGGCGGCUGUGUGAACGCAUCGUGCUGAUGUCUCUUUAGACUACUGUUCAGGAAAGCGUUAGUGCUGGAGUGCUGCAGCACAAACGAUGUUCCAGGUGCAUGAACAUGAGGAACUGACACUUUGUUUUGUCUCUGAACAGGAAACUGAAGACGAUCUUCUGGACAGAGUUCAUCUUUUUUAUCUUUCUUAUUAUGAUUUCUACUUAAUCUCUUUAUUUUACUGUUUGUGCAAGUGUAACUGAAACAG